AUGGCAUCCAACACCGACGGAACUGUCAAAGAACCAGUCAAUCGUGAGCCGGAUACGACAGACUUAAUCUCGAGUUUCCUCACACCCUCAAAGUCAAAUGGCUCCUCCAAGUCCCAACUCGUAGCAUACGAUCGCAACCAUGGGCCUAUCCAGCAUCUCUCCGCCACCAAACACACACUAACCAUACAAAAUGAUUCAUCGUUUGCCCCCAAAAGCAACUCAGUCCCCUCAAAUCUCAGCACUACCCUCUCAAUAUCCGACCUUAAAACAGAAUUCACACAACACUCGGUCACAUGCGCGUUGCAAUGCGCAGGAAACCGCCGCCAUGAGAUGCGCGACCGCCUUAAGGAGGUCUCGGGAAUCGAUUGGGGUGACGGCGCGGUCAUGAACGCUGUCUGGACGGGUCCUUUAUUGAGAGACGUGCUCCAGCGGGUAGGCGUUGUCGUCAAAGCUGGCGAAACCGGGACUACAGGGUAUGACGGGGUCCAUGUCCAGUUUGAAUGCAAUGCCACCAAAGUCCAGGACGACGAUUGGUACGGUGGAAGCAUUCCGCUCGGUGUGGCGAUGGAUCCGAAGCGGGAGGUCAUGCUGGCGUUAAAGAUGAACUACUCCCCCCUUCCACCCCGCCACGGCCACCCGCUCCGAACCAUCAUCCCGGGCAUGAUCGGCGCACGUUCCGUGAAAUGGCUUGACACGAUAACGCUCUCAGCCCAAGAGUCCCAAAACUUCUACCAGCAGCACGACUACAAGAUCCUCCCACCGGAAGCCACGUGGCCCGAAAAAGCCGAGUCCCUCGGCUUGUGGGAGAAAGGCCGCGUCCCGCCCAUGAUGGACGUCAAAAUCAACAGCGUCGUCGCAGUGCCCGGCGCAGAUGAAAAGGAGAUUCGACGCGACCAGGACGGCAUGCUCACGCUGAAAGGCUACGCGAUCCCCGGCGGCGCGGACGGGCCCGUCGUGAACGUGCAUGUUUCGCUCGAUAAAGGAGAAACGUGGCAUGAGGCGCGCAUUUUGGAUGAUGGGGAUGAGAAUACAACUACUACUUACUCUGGGGUGGGCGCUGGUGAUGGUAAGGUUCGUGUGGAGAAGGGGAGUCUGAAGUUUAGCUGGGUGCUUUGGGAAGCGCGGGUCAGGGCUGAUCCGGCGGAGGAUGUGAGUGUUUGGAGUAAAGCUGUUGACGCGGGCGGGAAUACACAGGAGGAUCUCGAGGGGAGCUGGAAUCUUAGGGGCGUGGGCUUUAAUGCUGUUGAGGGGAGGAGGAUGAUUAGAAUUGUCUAG